UUUUGUAAAAAUCACGUAAACGGCACUGAGCACAAGAACAUCUGCGCUCCCCUGGAACUACGUUUUCGUUCAGAUUUAUUAGCUAUGAGAGGAGAAGCCGGUCCUCCAGAUAUGCGUUGUUACUUGCGACACGUUACCGACGAGGGUAAAUUUCAGAACAUGAAGGACUUUAUAAACGCUCAUUGGAAUAUUCCGACCGACUCGGAGAUGCAGCGCAAUAUUUUGAUAGGCCAACACUCGGUGCCGGUUUCCGGGAAGAAUUGAGCUUGAAGGGGUGGGAAGUUUUUUUACAUUUAGUAGGGACCGCGAUCUCAGUGACGAUUGUAAUGAUUGGGCCAGAAUUACAACUUAAAGCCCAUCGUUUAUCGGAAUACUUUUGCAAUCACUGGAAGUUGCCGGAGGACAAAAAUUUGACGUUUGAUUUUUACGAUAUGUUAUACGAGAACUAUGCGCGCAGCCCGUCAUUCGUAAAACCGGACUUGGUUGUUGGAUUUGAUUUGGGUAUUCAGGAGCAUGAACUUGGGUCCAGUAAGAAAACGUGGGCGCCGUCCAUUAAGCUGAUAGCGAAACAAAACUGUCCGUUCAUCUUAACUUGUGGUUUCACUUUGCAGAACUUUAAGAAGGAGUUAGACAAAAUAAACACAAUCCUAGGUAGAAAGGUAAACUAUCUGUAUAGUGGAGUGAAUCCAUUCGCUGGUUUAAGUCCGUUUAGAAAAGCCGCGCCGGAGUAUGUACUUUUUACGAAUCAGUGCAUAGUUGUUUAUAGGAGUCUUUGUAACUAAUAUAGUUUAAGCGUAAGUAAUUUAAGAUUUAAGCGACCGAUAAAAACUAAAAGUUGUGUUUGAUACCGAGGAAAACGUGUCGCGUGCGAAAUGAAAGAGUAUACACUAUAGUUAAAUGGAAUUUAACAUUUAAAAAUACAACGGAUGGAACGCAGAGAAAACUUAAUAUGAACUACAAUUGCGGAUCGCGAUGUGUCUUCACGUAACAAAUUCCUAAAGACCUGAGAUCUGAUACUUCGGAAUAUCUGAUUAUAUUUAUAUACCUGAAAAUUUCAGGGUCUAUUUUUUAUUUUAGAGUCGU